AUUUAUCGCGGGGGUGCAAGGGGCGCGCGAUGGCGGCCGUGCGGCGGACACCAAAGAAGUGAACAGGUUUUUAUAAAGGUAAUAAUUCAAGAAGGUAAUUAAAGGGUUUAUAAACAUCUGGUUUGACAGUUAUCCUUACCUGUUACAUAACUGAGCGUGUUCUAAGAUUUAUAUUUACAAUCUUAAAUUCAUAAGAUUACCUAAUUCAAAGUUUUGCGAGAAAAGAUAGGUACGUGAAAUCAAACGACAUCUCUCCGCAUGCGUUGCACAUUAAAAUAGUCGUUCUUUGUCUGGUCUUCAUCAUACUGUCAGCUCGCGAGAUAAUAAAAAGUGCAGGAACUACAUAGCCAAAGAAGAGCGAAGCAAAUGAAGAAGCCAAAUAUGAUCCUCAGCAUACGACUUUUCCUCUAUGUAUUCCUUUCUCUUGCCAUCGUCUCCGAGUGCGUUCAAGAAACUGGCAAUUUUCACAGCAAAGACGACGAUGCUUCCAAGAACAAUUCACAACCAAUAGUGGACACUAUUUGGUCGUACGAAAACGACACGGGUCCCCAGUUCUGGGGAUCGCUGGGCUUUCCGAGCUGUGACGGUGAUCUGCAGUCACCAAUUAAUAUCGACACAGAAGAGAUACCAAAGUACGAAUACAACGACCUGUUCAACUUCAAACACUACGACGACGUGGCGUCGAGGAUCACUGUUACAAACAAUGGGCAUACGCUCAUGGCCACUUUCGACUACCAGCCGUCCAAGAAUCGACCCUCCAUCUCGGGCGGACAGCUCGGCGGCACGUUUGAGUUCGAGCAGCUGCACUUCCAUUGGGGUGCGCAGAUCGAGAAAAAGUACAGCGGUGCAGAGCAUACCAUCGACGGCGUCAGGGCUCCUCUGGAGAUGCACAUGGUCCACAGGAACGUCAAGUACAAUACCAUGGAUCAGGCGGUCAACCACACCGACGGCAUCCUCGUGCUGGCGGCCCUCUUCGAGAUGAACACCAACAACGUAAUGCCACUGUUACAAAGCGUUGAUAUCGUCCAUAAAAUGGUGGAGCCGUUCAUGGGGAACGCCACGCUGAAGCCGCGGCCGCUGUCCUCGGUGCUACCCGAAGACACGACGGCGUUUUUCCGGUACCGCGGCUCGCUCACUACUCCCGGCUGCCAGGAGAGUGUCGAGUGGGUGGUCUUCGAGCACCGGGCACACGUUAUCGUCGGACAGCUGAACAUGCUAAGCAAGCUGCGCCGGCCGGACCAAAAGCUGAUCAGCCACAAUUUCCGGCCGACCCAGAGUGUGAAUGCCCGCAAGAUCUACCACAUGGUUUACAAGCACCCGGGUCAGGUGACUGCCGAGUCCGCGUCCGCUGGCCUGCGCAGUCCGCUGCUUGCGGUGUAUGGCGCGGUGGCGGCCGUCGUACUCGUGUGCAACUCACGGCUGUAACGGCGGCACAGCUCUCCGACUGGAACGGACCGAACCUGAUCGCGCUCUGGAAAUACAGAUAUCAUGGACGCAA